AACGGGCGAGGCAGCGGCAGAGCCCGGCGGCCACCAUGGAGCUGGCGAUGGAGAACCUGGGCAGCCUACACGGAGUCCCGCACUCGCAGCCCGCCGAGCUGCUGAGCCCAGCUCACGGCCGCCAAAGCUCCCACCGCAACCUGGUGCCGCACGGGCGGCCCGCCAUGGUGUCGGGCAUGGCCUCCAUCCUGGAGGGGGGGGAUUACCGCGCCGAGCACAGCCUGGCCGCCCCGCUGCACCCCGCCAUGAGCAUGUCCUGCGAGUCCCCCUCCGGCAUGAGCCUCAGCAGCACCUACACCACGCUGACCCCCCUCCAGCACCUGCCGCCCAUCUCCACCGUCUCGGAGAAGUUCCAUCACCCGCACCACCACCACCACCACCACCACCCGCACCAGCGCUUGGCCGGCAACGUGAGCGGCAGCUUCACCCUCAUGCGCGACGAGAGGAGCCUGGCCUCCAUGGGCAACCUCUACAGCCACUACCCCAAGGACAUGCCAGCAAUGGGGCAGCCUCUCUCGCCGCUGCCCAACGGGCUGGGCACUCUGCACAACGCCCAGCAGCCGCUGGCUCCCUACGGCCCCGGCAGCCACUUGCCCAACGAGAAGAUGCUGUCGCCCAAUGGCUUCGACUCGCACGCCGCGAUGCUGUCCCGGGGCGAGGAGCACCUGGCACGGGGGUUGGCAGCACCCAGCUCGGCUAUGAUGCCCCCUCUCAACGGGAUGCACCCGCACGGCCACCCCCACGCCCAGCCCGGCGGGUCCCUCCUGGGCGAACGGGAGCGUCAGGCCUCGGCCAGCGGUUCCCAGCCCGGUGGCUCCGGGCAGGUGGAGGAGAUCAACACCAAGGAGGUGGCUCAGAGAAUCACGGCCGAGCUGAAGCGCUACAGCAUCCCCCAGGCCAUCUUCGCCCAGAGGAUCUUGUGCCGCUCCCAAGGGACCCUGUCGGACCUGCUGCGGAACCCCAAGCCCUGGAGUAAGCUCAAGUCCGGCCGGGAGACUUUCCGCAGGAUGUGGAAAUGGUUGCAGGAGCCGGAAUUUCAGAGGAUGUCUGCUCUCAGGCUGGCAGCUUGCAAACGCAAGGAGCAGGAGCAGCAGAAGGACAGGAGCCUGCAGCCCAAGAAGCAGCGCCUGGUCUUCACCGACCUCCAGCGCCGCACCCUGAUCGCCAUCUUCAAGGAGAACAAGAGGCCCUCCAAGGAGAUGCAGAUGACCAUCUCCCAGCAGCUGGGCUUGGAGCUCAACACCGUCAGCAACUUCUUCAUGAACGCCCGGCGGCGGUGCAUGAACCGCUGGCAGGAGGAGCCAGGCGCGAACCCCGGGGUGCCCUCGUCCUCUACAAGCACUUUCUCCAAAGCAUGAUGUCCCCCCCCUGCCCAGCCCUUCCCUCCCCCUUCCCAGGCAUCCUCCUCAUGACAAAGCCGACCCCCAGCCUCACGCUCAUGUCCCAGGGUGGGUGCUUUUGGAUGCUGUGGGGCCCUCAGCCUACCAAACCCUCAGCCAGCUGUCACUUCUGGACGGAGGCCUCGUGCCACAAUCCUUCUGCCACGUCCUGCCAGCUUGUGGAGCAGGGAAAGGGUUUGC